GCGUUAUAAUCACCACGAAUUGGAGGUAGCGUUGCUUGGUGUAUGAAUCGAAGCAGCACAAUGGCGCGAGUGGAUCUGGACGGUAACCCCAUCAAGCCUAUCACGAUCUGCAUGAUCGGUGCCGGUGGGUUCAUCGGCUCGCACCUCUGCGAGAAACUCAUGCACGAAACCCCUCACACGGUUUUCGCCUUGGACGUUUACAAUGACAAGAUCAAGCACCUUCUGGAACCCGAUUCUCUGCCUUGGGCCGGUCGCAUCACCUUCCACCGCCUCAACAUCAAACACGAUUCUCGUCUCGAAGGUCUCAUCAAGAUGGCAGAUCUCACCAUUAAUCUCGCUGCGAUUUGCACCCCUGCGGAUUACAACACGCGCCCGCUGGACACCAUUUACAGCAAUUUCAUUGACGCGCUCCCCGUGGUGAAAUACUGUUCGGAGAAUAACAAGCGCCUUAUCCACUUCUCCACUUGCGAAGUGUACGGGAAAACGAUUGGAGCCUUUCUCCCCAAAGAUAGUCUUCUUCGUAAGGAUCCGGCGUACUUUGUCCUUAAAGAAGACGAAUCUCCUUGCAUUUUUGGUUCUAUUGAAAAGCAGAGGUGGUCUUACGCCUGUGCUAAACAGUUGAUUGAGAGGCUGAUUUAUGCUGAGGGUGCUGAAAAUGGUUUGGAAUUCACCAUUGUUAGGCCUUUUAACUGGAUUGGACCUAGAAUGGAUUUCAUUCCUGGCAUCGAUGGUCCAAGUGAGGGUGUUCCUCGGGUUCUUGCAUGCUUUAGCAAUAAUCUUCUUAGAGGAGAGCCCCUCAAGCUUGUAGACGGGGGACAGUCUCAAAGAACCUUUGUUUACAUUAAAGAUGCUAUUGAAGCUGUCUUGUUGAUGAUUGAAAAUCCUGCCAGAGCUAAUGGUCAUAUAUUUAAUGUCGGUAACCCAAACAACGAGGUUACUGUUAGGCAGCUCGCUGAAAUAAUGAUUCAGGUUUACUCAAAGGUGAGUGGAGAAAAAACUCCUGAAACCCCAACCAUUGAUGUGAGCUCAAAAGAAUUUUAUGGUGAGGGAUAUGAUGACAGUGAUAAGAGAAUUCCUGACAUGACCAUAAUAAACAAGCAGCUUGGUUGGAAUCCUAAGACUUCGCUCUUCGACCUGCUGGAAUCCACUCUGACCUAUCAGCACAGGACAUAUGCUGAAGCCAUCAAGAAAGUAAUUGCAAAACCCGUUGCAAGUUAAGCUUUUAGAGGGAUGGUGAUUUGCUAUCUUGGAUAAGGGUGUGGUUGCCUAAGUUUUCUGCCAUAUUUCACUGGUUGAUUUUAUAUAAAUGGUAAAUUUUCUUCCUUUUGGUUUCCUUAGCCAGUAGGCAAUAGCUCACAUAAGUCAUUGCCUUAAUGUAUGUUCUGGAGAAGUAGGAAUUUAUAUAUAGGGCAAUCUGUGCUGCUAUGUAAUUUUAAUGUAGACUUUGCGUUACUAAACAUGUUGAGGCAUUUUAUAAUAUUAGAGAAGAUGUUUUUUAUGUGUUUCUAGGGAUCUCUCCAACAUUGUUUUGUUGUCUUUCCGGGUCAGCUGUAAGUUGUAUCAUUCUGUAUUGACCCUCUUAAGAGCCAUGUCUUCUUAAUAUUAAUUUAUUCUAUGGUUAUUUUUUGUUA